UUCUUCUCAGUUUGAGACAGCCGUCUAAAGCGACACUAAAGUUUAAUAAUUCCUACAAAGAGGACUUUAGACGUCCAAUAUGUCCACCUCCUCAUACAGAAAGCGUUUUGGAGAUGUCACCCGAAGCAACGAGUAUUGCAGCCGCGAGUUCUUGAGACCGGUGCGUGCGUCCCGGGGGCCGUUUGGUGUCUCCGCAGCUCCGGGGAUUUACGCGACCAGGAGCUCCAAGGUCCGUAGCAGCCGAGUGACCCAGGACAACCUGGACUUUAAUCUCUCCGAUGCUUUAAACGCGGAGUUCAAGACGAAUCGCAUGAACGAGAAGACGCAGAUGCAAUCGCUGAACGACCGCUUCGCCAGUUACAUAGAGAAAGUGCGCGUUCUGGAGCAGCAGAAUAAGAUGCUGAUAGUGGAGCUCGAGCUGGUGCGCGGCAACAGGUCAUCGCGCGUCCCCGAUCUAUAUGAAGAAGAGAUGCGCGAACUACGGCGACAGGUUGAUCAGCUGACCACGGAGAAAACACGCGUGGAAAUGACACGAGACAAUCUGGCUGAAGAUAUAGAGCGACUCAGAGAGAAACUGCAAGAUGAAAUUCUUCAACGCGAGGAAGCUGAGAACAACACAAGAAGUUUCAGACAGGAUGUGGAUAAUGCGGCUCUUGCUCGCGUAGAUCUGGAAAGAAAGGUGGAAUCACUACUGGAGGAGAUCGUCUUCCUGAGAAAACUUCAUGAAGAAGAGCUGGCCGAGCUGCAGGCACAGAUCCAGGACCAGCAGAUGCACGUGGACAUGGAUUUGGCUAAACCUGACCUAACAGCUGCUCUCAGAGAUGUUAGAUCUCAAUAUGAGAACCUGGCCACCAAAAACAUCAAUGAGUCGGAAGAGUGGUACAAAUCAAAGUUUGCUGAUCUGACAGAGGCGGCCAACCGGAAUAAUGAGGCUCUGCGAUUGGCCAAGCAGGAGGCCAAUGAAUAUCGCCGACAGGUGCAGGCGCUCACCUGUGAGGUGGAUGCUCUUAAGGGUGCUAAUGAAUCUCUGGAGCGUAAGAUGAGGGAAAUAGAGGACACAUUUGCAAUGGAGUCGUCUUGUUCACAGGAUAAUAUUGCUUGUCUGGAAGAGGACCUACAUAACAUAAAGGAUGAGAUGGCGAGACACCUUCAUGAGUAUCAGGAUUUGCUCAACAUCAAGAUGGCCCUGGACAUCGAGAUCGCCACCUACAGGAAACUUCUGGAGGGAGAGGAGAGCAGAAUUGCAACACCUCUUCCAAACUUCUCCUUCUUAAAUCUGAGAGACACAACGCUCGAGCCCAAGCCUUUAACAGAAACCACAACUACUAAGAAAGUUGUCAUCAAGACCAUUGAGACCAGAGAUGGUCAGCUGAUCAAUGAAUCCACUCAGAACCACGAUGACCUGUGAACAAACGGUUUAUCUUGCACUGCAAUCGAUCAACUGCAGCUCCGUGUGUCUCGAUUUAAUGUGAUGUGACCCGUUUCCAAGUGCCUUUAUCUGCCUAAAACAUAUAUUAACCCAGUAGAUAAAAUGUGAUAACACACAAGCAUGACCUGUAGAAUAAACUGUGAAUCUUUUACUCUCCGAAAGUAAACCCUUAUACCUAAAGAGUGCACAUUACUGUACAUAUCUGUAACUAUGUACUGUACCCCCUUUUAAAGAGUAUCAUCCCAGUGACAGCUUUUGUACCAUUUUCUGAUUGUGUUUAAGUGCCUGAACCCGCUUUUAUUUUUCUUGCAACAUUAGUGAGCCAAACAUUAAACAUAACUUAG